UAUACGAAGAAUAUUCCUAAAAUUCCAAUAAUGGAAUUGGAACUAACAAGAGUUGAUUAUUUGGAUGUUGGGGUAAUAAUCCCGCAUUGCAUGAAGCUAAUUCCGGCUGAGAUGCCUAAAUAUCAGCAAAAAUUAAUCAUUGGUGACCAAGAGGGGGUGAUUCAGUUAAUUUCAUCCAAGAAAGAUGAAAUUCAGGUGCAUUUCAAGACACUUCCGGGUCCAAAAGUAACUUCCGUGCAACUUGGUGGGGCUCCUGGGACGUUGGCUGAUAAGAUGUUCGUUGCAAUGGAGAAUAAGGUACAUGGAUUCAGCAAGAAAGGCAAAAUGUUCCUCUCAUUUGAUACGAAUCUCACUGAGAGUAUCAAAUCGAUGUUCGUGAGUGGAGCUGAUCUCCUUGUUUGUGGGAAUCACGUGUACAACCACUACAGGGAUUGCAAGGAUGUUGGAAGUUAUCUCUGUGGGGAUACGAUCGUUGAUGUUGUUGCACUCUGCCCCAAUAAUAGCAACAGGAUAAUCACAAUACUGGCGUGCUCUGGAAGAGUCCUUAGAAUCCUUGAGCAUUGUCGCGUACGACAAACCAUUGAACUCAAUAGUGUCCCAACAAUUAUGCAUGUUCCCAAAGGAUUGGGGGAUAAAUUGAUCUGCGGAUUCUCCGAUGGGAAGGUCAUCCUGUAUAAAAUUGGUCACUUCAGCAUGGAAGUUUCCGAGGAAGUUUUAGUGGAUGAUGCUGAGCAUAGCAGUGCCGUGUCUUGCAUUAACACCUUCGAUUUGACUGGAGAUGGAAAGGAAGAGCUGAUUCUGGGACGAAGAGAUGGAACCCUUCAGAUUUAUUCAAUGAAAUCCGAAGAUAAUGAGAUUGAUUUGGAAUCCAGGCAGCUCUUUAUUGAGAAUUACAAUGAGAGCAUUUCAAGCGUUCAGGGUGGAACCUUUGCUGCUGUUGGGUAUGCAGAAGUAGUUGUUUGCACGUACACAGGGCGAAUCUUUGGGCUGACAACACAAUGCGUGGCCAGGAGUAUCAGUGAUAAUCAAAACAGUGGCACAAUGAACUUCCCCAAUGAUACAAAUCUCCGAAUAGCCAGGCUGAGAUCUGAGAUUGCCGAGCUGGAAUCUCGAGUAGCUCGUGAACGAGAGAAAUACCAACAAUCAACGCAAGCAAUGUCUUCUGGACUCUCUGCCAUUCCCAUGCUCAACGUGAAUGAUUCUAUGGUUCUCUGCCGUGAAGAUGCGUCGUAUGAUCUCUCAAUAGAAAUUCCAGCAUCCAUUGAAUACAUUCUGCUGCAGAGCGACGUUCCCCUUGAAUUGCUGGACGUUGAAAAGAACACCGCAGUUGUCAGCUUCAGUGAAUGCAACCCAUUGAGUGGGAACUGCCUCCUGGCCACUUAUCGAUGUCAACUCAACACAAGUCGCGUAGAUCUCAAGAUCCGUACAAUUGAGGGACAGCAUGGUACCCUUCAGGCCUUCAUAACUCCUGUGCUCCAGCCAAAAUGCAGCCAAUUGCGAGAGUAUCCCAUAAAGCCACUCUCCCUGCACGUUCGCACCCACAAAUUCGACGAAACACGUCCCUACAGCAGCCUCACGCUCCGUGGAGCAUUUAGUUUGUCAGAGAUGCACAGCUGGAUCAGCCACUGUGUCCCAGAGAUUCCUGAAAAGCUCUCUUCCGGAGACACUUCGGUGCUGACAUUUGAGAAUGUCCUCAUAGGAUCACUGCUGAGGUGUGAGUACAAGAAAGGUGAGGCAGAAUUCCGGAGUGACAACAUCUCAACCAUUUCCAUCAUCAAGGAUGUCCUCACGCGAGAGAUCACGAAGAAGCGCAUAAAGCUGGAGAUUUCCACGGACAUGAAUCCAAAUUGCAUUGGACACAUCCUGAAACUCAUUGAGCCUGUCCUUGUGCGUCACAUCAAAAUGUCUCGAGAUCACAAACUCUUUCAGGCUCUUCUUGAACUUGACAUCCGCGGGGAGGAUGAUCUUGGGGUUCUCUGCAAGGAAUGGCGUGAGAUCUACAUGAAUCAGAAGGAGAUCACACAGAGCGUGGGGAAGGAUCGUGUUCUCGUUGAUCGUUUUCAUGGCUUCCUCACGGAUCUCUUCAUUGAUUGGAACAAAUUUCGUGGCAGCAAUGUGAAGAGCAAACUGCAGCAGUUUGUUCAGCUUCUCGAGAAUUACGAUCAUGAAGCUGUUCUACAGUUCUUUGGUGUAAGGAAUGAAUCAGGAUGAAUAAAGAACAAUUUUUUGUGGGGGUUACAA